AUUUGAAGAGUCAAAGCAUAGAAAGUAAAAGUAAUAUGAAAAGUCAGAGCUUAGAAAAUAGAAAUGAUGUAAGAAAUAGAAGAAAGAGCUUAAAAGAGAAGAGCUUAGAUACUGAAAGAGAUGUGAAAAUUGAUAGUGUAGAUACUGUCACAGAUUUGAAAAAUAAGAUGGAGGGCAUAAGAAAGAUAAAAGAUUUGAAAAAUAAAAGCUUAGACGAUAAAAGUGAUGUGAAAUUAGCUGGAAGUAUUUCAAGCUGAAAGAUGUAUUUGAAGUAGGUCUUGUCUUAGGUUUUAAUAUAAUAGUUUUAAGUUUUAUACAAUGUGAUAAAAUAAUGUUUGGACAGGUAGUUUUUAACAUGGAAGGAAUUUGUGAACUUGUUUGAAACAAAACUUAUUUGUUGUCAUAGGAACUGAACGAUUUUUUAAUCUGACUGCAUAUUGAUGAAAGAGGUCUAUGCUUCUAUUUUACUGGUUUUAUUAUCUGUGGAUGGAGUAUUUUAAAAUAUAAAUAUUAAGUCAUAAUAUCAUAAUUAUUAUAAAAGGAUGAAUUUUUGUGAUGAAACAUCAAAACUGAAAAAAAAAUUAUCACAGGUACUGACAAAUUUUAUUGAAUGAAUUUUCAAGCUUCAAAUGUUCUGCUUCAAUUUUAUAAAUAGUUUUUGGGUGGUUUGGGGUGGGGG